GCAGAUCUACAGACCAGACCGAGUGCAAGCUGGUAAACACAGAGACAGACGUGGAGACAGACAGACGUGGAGACAGGUGUGCAGACAGACUUACUGUACUAGACGUAUUUUGUGAUUGGACACAGCAGCGGACGUGAACAGUGAGACAGACAAAGACAUCAGGAUGUUGUCCAAAAAAGAGGAGCAGAGAUCAUUCAGCAACGGGCGACUGAGAGACAAAUGGGAGAAGAGAGCUCAGAGCGAGGCGGACCAGUGCAAACAAGAGUCUGAGUGGAAGGAGAAGAGUUCCCUCAAACUACUUUUCUCAAAGUGGACUUAUCACUUGUCUGUCACCAAUGGAGACCAGACCAAAGGUGAGAUGUCCGACUUCAGGAAACUCUCCGGCCGUGAGGACGAAGCCAACACCAACAAGCCGAAGAUCAAAUUCAAAAUCGUUCCUCCUCCUCCCAAAUCCAAACCCGAGCCUCGUCCGCCUCCUCCUCUUCCCAGGAGGAGGUCGUCUCCCAAACCUCACAGGCCGAAACGCAAAGUGGAGGUGGACGUGUUCGGCCUGUGCUGGAAAGAGUCCUGGAAGAGCCUGAAGCCUCCGAAAUAUCUUUACCUGAGGGACAAAGAGAAAAAACCCAGAGUCCCGGGAUUCACAACCAUAGAGGUGACGAACAACAGGCUGUACAAACAGGAUGUGAGCACAUCAGAGGAGGAAGUGACGCCUCCUGCUGAGGAAUGGAGUCACUCAUGGAAACAGGUGAAGCGUCCGGAGCAGUCGGAGCGUCCGGAGCUGACACGGUUUCAGUGGGAGAUUUUGUUUGAAAGAAAAUUAGAUUCCAAAGCUAAAGUAGAAGAGUUUUCUCUUCCCGUCUGGGCCGGAACGUGGAAGAUCAUGAACUUUGUCUUCAGACAACAGAAGCCGAGCUGGGAUCGUGUUUGGCCUGAUUACCCACAACCCCCCAGCGACAAGUCAGAGGAGCUGGAGCAGUUUGACGAGCAGGACACGCCCUCAGACUGGGAGGAGUCCUGGAAACUGUCCGGGGCAGAGCUGGAAGCUGAAGAUGACGAAGAUGAUGAAAAUAACGAAGAUUACGAAGAUGAGGAAGAUGAAGAAGAUGAGGAAUAUGAAGAGGAAGAAGAAGAUGAAGAAGAUGAGGAAUAUGAAGAGGAAGAAGAAGAUGAAGAAGAUGAGGAAUAUGAAGAGGAAGAAGAAGAUGAAGAAGAUGAUGAGACAUCAACUGGAACGUCCCGGAGAGACGAUUCCUCAGUGAUGAUGAAGAUAAACGACGUCUUCCUGCCUGGGUGGAGCAACUCCUGGCUGUUCUCUGCAGCUCCACUAGGGGACGAUGAGGAGCGUGAGAAGAACUGGAGUUCCUGCUGGGGAUACAGACAGCAGAUCAGGUGGUGCACAGCUUCUCUGGAGUCUCAUCAGAGACACAGCGACAUGAUGACGAGGAGACGAAUCAACACAAACGUCCUCCUCGCCUCACAGCUGGACGAAGACAUCGCAGACAGGGAAGAGUGGACGGAGGCCUGGAGGACUCUGAAAGGAUGGGUCGAGCCAGAGGAGGAAGAGGAGAGGGGAGAGGAGGAAGAGGUGAACAAUGUGGAGGAUGUAAAAGAAGAUGAGGAGAAGGAUGAAGGAGUAGAUGAGGAGGAAGAGGAGAGGGGAGAGGAGGAAGAGGUGAACAAUGUGGAGGAUGUAAAAGAAGAUGAGGAGAAGGAUGAAGGAGUAGAUGAGGAGGAGGAUGAAGAGGAGGAUGAAGAAGGGUCUCCCUGUGUCUCUUGCAGAGGUCAGCCUCUCCCUCCUGCUGCUGAGUCUCCUGCUGUGUAUUAG